AUGAGUGAACAAUCAGAGAAAAACAAUUCCAUUCAAGAGGGACACACAGAUCGUAGUUUUCCUGAGAAGAACUGUCAAAUUGGACAGAAACAACUGCAACAAAUAGAGCGGCAGUUAAAAUGCUUGGCAUUUCAAAACCCUGGACCACAGGUAGCAGACUUCAAUCCCGAAACAAGGGAGCAGAAAAAGAAAGCCCGGAUGUCAAAGAUGAACGAAUAUUUUUCUACAAAAUACAGAGUAAUGAGGAAGUACGACAAAAGUGGCAGACUCCUCUGUAACAAUGUUGACCUGUGUGAUUGUCUAGAGAAGAACUGCCUGGGCUGCUUCUACCCAUGCCCCAAGUGUAACUCCAACAAGUGUGGGCCCGAGUGCCGCUGCAACCGACGGUGGCUUUACGAUGCCAUCGUCACCGAGUCUGGAGAGGUCAUCAGCACGCUGCCAUUUAAUGUUCCUGACUAGGGGUUCUUGCAUAUGGAAUGAUCUGUUUCUUCUUCUUACACAUUUAAGUCAACCGCUUUCUCUUGGGUGGAUUUUAGGGCUUGGGGGAAAUAUUGAAAAAAACAUACUGAAGACUCAUGUUCUGUCAAGCCCCAGAACAAUGUAGAAUGGGCAAUAAUUCUGUAACCUUCUUAACUGUGUCAAC